AUACCGAAUCGGAAGCUCAGAGAGGCGAAGUGACCUCCCCAAGGCCGCACGGCUCGUAAGUGGCCGUUACCGGAUUGGAAACUUGCGGUGUCCGGUUCCAAGUCGGUGCCAAGUGAAGUUCCGGAAAACAAGAGAAGAGGGGGAAAGUCACCAGGCCACUGGAGCUAGCAGCUGUUUGGAAGGGAAACGCUGCGGAAGGGGAAGGGGAGAGCGCGGGCCAGGCUCCGUGGGGGCCGAUGACCGGCAGACAGAAGGAUCUGUACUGGGUGCUGAGUUUGUUCCUUAUGCUGCGGAUGGUGGAGACGGUGUCCGGGGCCAGGGGCCCAUUUACAGGGACCCACAUGAGCUCCCCGUUUUCGGCCUCAGAUGUGAAGCAGACCCCCACGGUAGACGUGUACAUCCAGUGUCGUGAGGUGUGCGGCCUGAACGUCUCCGACCGCUGUGACUUCAUCAGGACCAACCCUGACUGCCGCAGCGAAGGGGGUUACCUCAACUACCUCGAGGGCAUCUUCUGUCGCCUGCCACCCAACCUGCUCCCUCUGGCCGUCACCCUCUAUGCUGUUUGGCUGCUGUACCUGUUUCUGAUUCUGGGAGUCACCGCCGGAAAGUUUUUCUGCCCGAACCUGUCAGCCAUUUGCACCUUGCUCAAGCUUUCUCACAAUGUGGCAGGCGUCACCUUCCUGGCCUUUGGGAACGGUGCACCUGAUAUCUUCAGCGCCCUGGUGGCUUUCUCGGAUCCACGCACCGCUGGCCUGGCCCUGGGGGCUCUGUUCGGUGCGGGUGUGCUGGUGACCACCGUGGUGGCCGGUGGCAUUGCCAUCUUGCGUCCCUUCACGGCCGCCUCCAGGCCCUUCCUCCGGGACAUCGUUUUCUACAUGGUGGCCGUGUUCCUGACCUUCACCGCGCUCUACCUGGGCAGAGUCACGCUCGCAUGGGCCCUGGGCUACCUGGGCUUGUACGUGUUCUAUGUGCUUACCGUGGUUGUCUGCACCUGGCUAUACCGAUGGCAGCGGAGGAGGUCCCUGGUCUAUUCCAUGCCAGGCACCCCAGAGAUGCUCUCAGACUCUGAGGUGGAACCAGUGUCUUCCAACAGCUACGACUACAGCGAAGAGUACCGGCCACUUCUCCUCUAUCAGGAGACCACGGCUCAGAUCCUGGCCCGGGCCCUCAACCCCCUGGAUUACAGGAAGUGGAGGAACAAGUCCGUGUACUGGAGGGCCCUCAAGGUGCUCAAGCUGCCCGUGGAGUUCCUGCUGCUGCUCACCGUGCCAGUGGUGGACCCCGACAAGGACGAUGGCAACUGGAAACGGCCCCUCAACUGUCUGCACCUGGUGAUCAGCCCGCUGGUCUUGGCCCUGACCCUGCAGUCGGGCGCCUACGGCAUCUACGAGAUCGGUGGCCUCUUUCCUGUCUGGGCCGUGGUGGUGAUUGUGGGCACAGCCCUGGCUGCGGUGACCUUUUUUGCCACAUCCAACAGUGAGCCUCCCAGGUUUCACUGGCUCUUUGCUUUCCUGGGCUUCCUGACCAGCGCCCUGUGGAUCAACGCAGCCGCCACAGAGGUGGUGAACAUCUUGCGGUCCCUGGGCGUCGUGUUCCGGCUGAGCAACACCGUCCUGGGGCUCACGCUGCUGGCCUGGGGGAACAGCAUCGGAGACGCCUUCUCAGAUUUCACGCUGGCCCGCCAGGGCUACCCGCGGAUGGCCUUUGCAGCCUGUUUCGGCGGCAUCAUCUUGAAUAUCCUGGUGGGAGUAGGGCUGGGCUGCCUGCUCCAGAUCUCCAGGAGCCACGCGGAGGUGAAGCCUUCACACCCAGUGCGGAGUCCCACGCGGGACUUGAACUCACGGCCCUGAGGUCAAGAUCGGAGUUUCUCUCUCAUCUUUCUCCUGUCCCCCAGUGCGAGAACAUUCCCGCCUCAGCAGCAUAUGCUUGCUGGGGAGAGGUGUUACCUGAACUUGUGACAAGUCAGAAUGUGUAGAAUAUUUUUAAAAUAGCCUGAAUGCAGGGUUGAAAAAAAAUGUAUUCCUUGCAAGUUCCCAGGGUAAUUAGGAUAUAGCUUUGCGGCGGGGGUGGGGGGGGGGUGGGAGUAGGGGGUCAGGAAGGCCCUUGGAUUUAUGUCCCGGGCAAUCACUUUAAGUCUCCUGCCGUGUGACUCUGGGUGAGUUAGGACAUCCCUGGGCCUCAGUCUCCUCACCUGGGAACUGGGUGAGAUGGCGCCCCCACAAGCUUCCUGGAUAGCAUGCGUGAGGCAAGGGCCAGGCCGAACCCCUUUGCCCAAACUGCCCACAGAGGACAGGCCAGGAGGGAGGAUUAAGUCAGUCCCAGCAGGGAGCCUGGCAGAUUUGGAGAAGGUUCUGAGAUGCACUGAGUGGAGGUUCUUAACGCUUCAAGGAUGCCCGAGGGGUGCAUGAGACCUCCUGUCGCAGGCGUUCCAGCGGGUGGGGGCUGGAAGCUUUUUAAAAGCAGCUCCUGGGGACAGGCUUGAGAAACCCUGUUCCAAACAAGGUUGAAAACGUCAGCCCUUACCAGGACCAGGGAGGCAACCAAAAGGUGUGGGUGAUUCACGUGGGCCUCAUGUGGCCAUAUAGUCCACAUUUUCUAGAGAAGAAAUCAGGAUUCCCAGGGGAACUUUCUCGAGUCUCAAACGUUGCUCAGGGCAAACAGGAAGCCGCCUGAGGCAGAUUUGACCCCGCCCGGGCCACCAGUUCCGCAUCGUGCCUCAGGCAUCUCUGUUCUUAAGGAUUCUUAAGGACCCACCGCCCGGGCCCCCCACGGCGAGAGCAUCUGGGGUGCCGUGGGGCUGAAAGGCGGCGCUAUCAAUGGGAACCGUCACCCAUGCUUUCCCUGAGGGGCUCUGCUUGGCGGUGACUCUUGCGGGCCGGGGGGCCUGGAAUUAGCUGGCGGCAGGGCCAGCCUUCGAGGUAGCCACGCCCACAAGCAAAUAGCUACUGACUGCUUGGAAAGUUUGCUUUUCUAAAAGGUAAACACGGGCUGCAAAUUUUGUUUAGAC